AGAGGAGGGAGGGAAGAGGGACUGCUGGGAAGUAGAAACCCUCUCAGAAGGAGGUGUGACUCAGCCGUGGACGGAGGAGCAGCUCCCUUUUUUUCACGCGUGGAUGUUAACUGAGUCCACCAAGUGUAGUGAUUACAGCAAAAUCAGCUGAUUUAAAGCCCCUUCAACUGAUUCGGGGAGUGUGAUCUCGCUGAUUUAAAGAUAAUCGGACCAUGUUGAUGUGCGAUCUGUUUGGAAAGUCUUGCUGAGCUGACACCUGAUUGGUCGGGUCUGAUUGACUGGCUGGGACUCCUGAUUGAUUUACUGGAAGUCUGUCAGCUGAUUGGGAGGCCGGGUUGAUCGAUUGGAAGUCGCUGGCUGCAGGAUGAGCGGAGCAGGGGAGGUGGUGUGUGAAGGCUGGCUGAGAAAGUCCCCACCGGAGAAGAAGCUCCGCCGUUAUGCGUGGAAGAAGCGUUGGUUCGUGCUGCGGAGCGGUCGGCUGAGCGGGGAGCCGGACGUCCUGCAGUACUUCAAGAACCAGCAGUCCCGCCGGCCGAUCAGGACCAUCAACCUGAACCUGUGUGAACAGGUGGAUGCCGGCCUGACGUUCACGAAGAAGGAGCUGGAGAGCAGCUUCGUUUUCGACCUGAGGACGGAGGAGAGGACCUGGUACCUGGUGGCUGAGUCUGAGGAGGACAUGAACCGCUGGGUGUCCUCCAUCUGCCUGCUCUGUGGCUUCAACCCGACUGAUGACGUCCCGGAGAGACCUCCUGUCUCUGGCUCGUCCUCCAUCACAGCGAUGACCAUGGCCAGUCGCACUGCCGCCAUCGCUGCGAUAUCAGGGUCGGUCCCACCCCCCUAUGACCCGGUGAAUGUCAGGGUCCUGGUUCACAACCGCAAUGCAGAGGAAGAUUACCUGUGGUUAUCGCACUGCCAGAGUCACAUCAGGCCUCCUUUAGGUUCCUCCACUUCUCUUGAAACCGACUACAACGACAACCCUCUUCCCUCCGCCACCUCCUCCUCCUCUUCCUCUUCCUCCUCUCCUUCCCUACUUCCCAACGGCCUCCCACCUCCAUCGUCCUCCUCUUCCUCCGGCUUUAGGACAGGUCCUUGGACGGCUGCCUCCAAGACAGGCCCUUUGAGCCAGUCUCUGGAUGCCAGCGUGACCUCUGACCUCCAGAGACGAGCCGGCCGACUUCGUUGUCACCCCUCUCCUCAUCCCAGGAAGCACUCCCUGGACUUCCACCUGCGGCCCGUGACGAUACCUCUCAGUGACAAUAGACACUCCGCCGUGCAUCCAAAUACCCACUCGUACACCACCAGCGGUUAUCAGAUCCCUCGUCCGGCGUCCACCACGCAACCACGACCCCCUCGCCGCCCAUCCUCCACCCCCAGCGUGGACUCCAUGACCCAGGCGGAGCUCCACGCCUCAACCCCGACUCCCCCUCCACGCCCGCCCAAGCCCCAGACCGCCGCGGCCACGCUCCCCCGCUCCUCCUCAGAGCCAGAGAAGAGGGAUGGAUGCGUGGAGGGAGGAGGUCUGCCGAGGAGCAACACCAUCACUGCGCCGGGACGCACACCGACAGGUUGUGACUCUUUUUACAUCCCUCGGUCUCUGUCCGACAGAGCGAGCAUGUUUGAGUUCAGCGAGAGCUUCAACAGUUACUUCUUUAAUAAAGGCAUGGUACCUCUGGGUAGUGUUUGCUCUGAAGAUGAUGAUGUGGGCGAAAACUAUGUUCCCAUGAGCGCUGCCACCACUGAGCCUCCUGUUGCACCAAGGGUGCCUCCACAUCCUCCCUCUGACCCCUCUGUCCGGCUCCAGGAGGCCAACUACGUCCCCAUGACCCCCCUCACCCCUUCCCUUCCCAUUCAUCCCACCCCUGCCACAGGCGACCUGGCCUCCCUCGGGAGACAAGUCCCCCCACCCGCCCACAUGGGUUUUCGUAACUGCCCCCUGACUCCCGUGGCCCCCCUCACCCCGCCGCUCCGGAGGAACACUAUGAACACCUCUGGUGGAGUGGAAGUGGAGGCGACGCCCCCUCCGAUCCACCGCAACCUGAAACCACAACGCAGAGGAGUCGGUGUCGGUCGUCAGCCUGCAGAGAGAGCGGACGUCCAGACGGCUGCAGAGCCGACACACAAAACAAGAGUGAAACCAGCUCCUCUGGACAUCACUUCAGUGCAGCAGGACUGGCAGGAAGUCCCGCCCCCUGUCCGCUCGCCUGUCACUCGAACCUUCACACGAGAUCCGUCCAGUUGUCUGUCGCUCAGGCCGACCUCCGCUCACAGCUCCUCCCUCUCCUCCGACUCCGAUGACACCGAUGACAGCUACGUCGCCAUGAUGACCACCCCUAGCCUCAGUUUCAGCGCCGGGGAGCCGUCUCUGAGGCUCAUGCUGCACCGGGCCUCAGAGGGCGGAGUCAGCAGCCCGAUGCUACGGCGAGCCAGAGGCGACAAACAGGUGGAGUACCUGGACCUGGACCUCCACACCGGGCGAUCGACGCCGACAAGACAGAAACGCUGCACGGCAGAAGGUGGAGUCGGCAGCGAGCAGGCCGGAGCAGGCGAGGAGCGCGCACGGGGCGAGCGUACACGUGUGGACUACGUGGUGGUGGACCCCAAAAGAACCAAGGCCCUGAGGAGCACCAGAGAAGCAUGGCAUGAUGGGAGGAUGUCCACGGAGAAGGAGAAAUGCUAGAGCUAACUGCUAACUGCACCGCUCAUUUCUUUACGUCCUGAAAUGUCCAUUUCAAACUGAAAUCACUGUUUGACUCCUGCAGUCAUCUGACAAAAAAACAGAAAGACAUGUCUGAUAACAGCCUGUAUUGUAUUAUAGAUAGCGACAAGGAGGUUUAGCUUUUAGUUUUGCUGCUACAAUGAAAUAUGUUGAAGAUUGACAAUCAUUCGUCCGUGUGUUUAAAAACGUCUGUCUGACAUCUUCAAAUGUGUCCGCUGUGGAGGGAGUUUUUUGCUAACUACAGUUUUAGUUUAUUUAAGUAAAUGGAAAUAAUGUGACAAUACAUUUAUCCAUAGCAUGGUGACCGUCGUUCCACAUCAACAUAUUUAAGGUAGCUUCAAUCCAGCUUCACUUAGUCAGAGAAGCUGAGGUUCUUUGAGAUUUUAUUUAACUAAGUAAUUUCUCCCUCCAGAGCAUAUUUGCCUCUAAGGAGUGUUGUAGAAAUGAAAACCGGGGUCAAAGGUUUGAUACCAGUUUCUAAAGAAUGACAGUCAGCACAGGUAAAUGCACCUGCAUCAAAUCAAGCAUUAAUUAGUUCUCUGGACAUCAUGCUUCCUCCUGAGACGGUGAACAAGAUGGUGGACUGCGGGACGAAUCGGCUGUUCUGAUGAUGAACAAAUCAGCAAAACUAUCAGUGAUAAUUGUCUUACGUAAUCAUCACUGCAGCUUGGUGUGCAGUGUGUAAUGUUGCUGCUGAAUCAUUUAAUUGAUUCUGUAAUAACGGCGAUGACCGUCCAAAUUAAUAAACACUACACAUCAGUCUUCUAUUGUGCUUUCAUUGACUGUCGCAUGAAACAAAGCUGUAAACAGCACGGCUUCAACAUCCUGUAUCUCUAGUGUGAUCAUGAAUGUCGACAGCAGCCUUCAGAGCUGUUCAUGACUCACGUACUUUGAGCUGUUUAUGACUCACGUAAUUUGAGACAAGUACAAGUCUUGUGCCAACUUUUCAGGUGUCUGAAUGCAGAACCAAUGAAACAAGAUUUUUAAACUU